GAGGGCUUACCAAAUUGCUCAUAGAAUACUCUUAAGAAAAAAAAAAAACAGCACAGUAUUUACUAUAUAUUUACUUUGUUUUGUUGUGUGAGAUAGCUAGCUAGGCAGCCAUGUUGAGACUGAUUGGAAGCUUGAGCUUCAUCUGGCUACUUAUGGCCAUUUCAACAGCGGCUCAACCCUGGCCUCCUGUGCUUGAUGCUGAUGGACAACCUCUUAGAAGUGGGGUAGAAUACUAUGUACUUCCAGGUGUAACCGAUGUUGGAGGUGGUCUGACCCUUGUUGAUCGGAAUGGCUCGUGUCCACUUUAUGUUGGUCAAGAACCUCUUGCACCUAUGGUGUCCCGAGGUAUUCCGGUUGUUUUCACUCCUCGUGUUGGAGACACAAUUAUAAGGGAGUCCAGAGACUUCACCGUUGAAUUCUCCGGAGCCUCAACUUGUGGUCAAUCUACAGCAUGGAUGGUCGUCGAGGAGAAUCCAGAAACAAGUAGGAGAUACGUCGUGACUGGAAUGGAGCCACGGCCAUCGUCUACACUCUGGUACUUCAACAUUGAAAACAAUGGACAAGGUGUCUAUGCUUUGAGAUGGUGCCCAAAUUGUCUGACAACAAACUGUCCUAGGCCAGCGUGUGAAUCUGCUGGUGUUAUUGAUGAGAAUGGAAAACGCUUGUUGAUCUUGGAUGGUUCUGCCUUUCCUUUCAUAUUUAGAAGGGCUUAAUUAAAUUGCUCUCCAUGUAUGAACCGAGAAUAAUUAUGACUUCUUGUCAACUUACAAAAUAUUAAAUAAAUGGAGUUAUUUUACAUGCUAUCAAAA